CAUCUACAGUCCAGCCUCUUUACUCUCUCGUAUAUAUGUCCUCCCAAUUCACGAGCAACUGGCCUUCUAUCGUCUACUCACCGAAGGCCUGUAUCAACGCGGUUUAUUACCAGACCGCCUGUCCAACUUGGUCAACGAAUUGAUUGACCCAUCUGAGCUUUCAUCUGUCAGCGCGAUUUCAGAAGCUCCCUG